AUGACAAAAGAACUUUAUGUUCGCUUCAAAUUGUGUGAUGGAUCAGUGCAAACAAUUCUUGGUGACAUGCUCAAGCCCUAUUCUGAUACCUAUCUCACUAAACUCGUUUUCAAUCACGACUUCAAAUCGACCAAAGAUGGUCAAGGCCUGUUCUGGAUCGACGAAGAACCACAAAUAUUCGCUGCAAUUCUGACAUUUUACCGGCAUGGUCAACUUCUUCUACCCGAUAUUUUCGUCGGCAUUCGUGAUUCGAUCAUCGACAAAUAUUUACUGCCUAUUGAAAAGUCCUCACGCGUUCUUGAUCCUCCUGAAUCGACAAUAACGAUGAAUAUCAGGCGUGUUCGUCUCCGUGGAGCAACACGGGCCUUUUCUUUUCCACCUUCGAUGGAGACCAAUAGAUACCUAUGCACCAUAGUGGAUCCAAUGUGGACUGAUUUGCCUGAAUCGGAUAUCAAUGAUUUUUUCGUGGUCACAUCAAGCGCUAAUGGUAUUCAAUAUGUGCGAAAGAGUUAUUUGACUGUGAUGAAUUUUUUGAUUGAACAAGGCUACGAAAUUGAACGGUGGGACGAGAAGAAACAAGAAGUUGAUUUGAAAAAAGUUUAUAUGUGA